CAAGGGCUUUCAAGUGUCUGUUACUUGAGUGGUAACUGUUCCUUGGCUGAGUGGGAUGUUCCAGUACUUGUUUUUCUGUGUCUGCUUUGUCAUCCAGUUGCAGCCGGUGUCUUCAAUGGCCCUGGACCCCUGCUCUGCCUACAUCAGCCUGAAUGAGCCCUGGAGGAACACAGAUCAUCAGAUAAAUGGUUCACACGGCCAGCCGACAUGCGACAGUCAAAUCAACGGGGAGUGGUAUCGCUUCACUGGCAUGGCUGGUGAUGCUAUGCCUACCUUCUGCAUCCCAGAGAACCACUGUGGCACCCAUGCUCCCAUUUGGCUGAAUGGCAGCCACCCUCGAGAAUUGGAUGGCAUCGUCUCACGCCAAGCCUGUGCCAGCUUCAAUGGGAACUGCUGUCUUUGGAAUACCACGAUUGACGUCAAGGCGUGUCCAGGCGGGUACUACGUGUAUCACUUAACCAAGCCCAGCGUUUGUUUCCAUGCAUACUGUGGACAUUUUUAUGACAUCUGUGACGUGGUGGAUUGCCAGGGCUCCUGCCUGGACACUGGUGACUGCAUGUGUUCCCUGGGAACAACACUAGGACCUGAUGGACAGACAUGUCUUGAUGAAAAUGAAUGUGAGCAGAACAAUGGAGGCUGCGGUGAAUUUUGCGUUAACCUGAAGAACUCUUACCGCUGUGAGUGUGGGAUCGGACGCACACUGGGAAGUGAUGGGAAAACCUGUGAAGAAAUCGAAGGCUGUCACAAUAACAAUGGAGGCUGCAGCCAUACCUGUAUUGAAGUGGAAGACACAUACCAAUGUGAAUGUCCAAGGGGACUUGUUCUGUCAGAAGACAACCACACUUGCCAAGUUCCAGUGCUGUGCAAGUCCAGCUCUAUUGAGGUGAGCAUCCCAAAGGACCUGGUUGGAGGCCUGGACCUUUCCCUCAUCAACACUUCAUGCAAAGGAGUAUCUAAUGGCACUCAUGUUAACAUCCAUUUCUCCUUGAAGUCCUGCGGCACUGUUGUAGAUGUAAUAAAUGAUAAAAUCAUUGCCACCAAUCUGGUGACCGGCUUGCCAAAGCAGACUCCGGGAAGCAAUGGAGACAUCAUUGUCCGCACCAGCAAGCUGCUGAUCCCGGUGACCUGUGAGUUCCCAUGCCGGUACACAAUCUCUGAAGGUUAUGUGCCCAACCUCAAGAACUCUCCCUUGGAAAUCAUGAGCCGCAACCAGGGCAUCUUUCCUUUCACUCUUGAGAUCUUCAAAGACAAAGACUUUGAUGAACCCUACAGGGGUGCUCUUCCCACCCUCAAGCUUCGGGACUCUCUGUACUUUGGGAUUGAACCCUUGGUACAUGUCAGUGGACUAGAGACACUGGUAGAGAGCUGCUUUGCCACUCCCACCUCAAAAAUCGACGAGAUCCUGAAGUACUACCUGAUUCAAGAUGGCUGUGUUUCUGAUGAUUCAGUGAAGCAGUACACGUCAAAGGACCAUCUUGCCAAGCAUUUCCAGGUUCCCGUGUUCAAGUUUGUGGGCAAAGACAACAAGGAGGUGUUCUUGCAUUGCCGCAUCCUCGUGUGCGGGACGCUGGAUGAGAGCUCUCGCUGUGCCCAGGGCUGCCGGCGACGGGUGCGCAGGUCAGAUGCAACAGAGGAGGAAGAGGAGAAGGAAUCUGGUCAUGUGGCAAACCACAUCCUGACAGGUGGCCCGAUCAGAAUCAACUUUGACGACUAA